UUGAACAGAAAAUGCCUCCCAUCGAGUUUGGUUUACUUCCGAAUGACAACUAUCCUGAUUGGCUAACAUUCAAUAGUGAAUGUUCUUAUGUGAUUUUCAAAGUCCCACAAGUGGACGGGCGCAACUUGAGGGCAAUAAUGUGCAUUGUCUAUUCUUCUUCCCCAGACAAAAUCACAUCAGAAGGCCUGAAAAAUGUCAUGUUGAUAAAUUACACAAAAAACACCAUUCAGCUCUAUAAGAAAGAUGCAUUAGACUCCUUCGAUGAAGAGGAGUGGCAGAAAGUAGUAUCAAAUAUAGAACCUGGUAACAAAGUGAAGGUGGUGGUUGUUUUUGAGAACAGUUUCUCUGUGAAGAAUACAACAGUUUAUCUCAUAUAUGAUGAACCAUUUGACAAAAAGGUAGAGCACUACCAUGAGCCAGAUAAGAAUGCUGUUGUUUCUAGCGGUGAUGAAAAUGUAAGUAAUAAUAGUCUGAAUUGA